AUGCCCUCUUCAAAGGACAAAUACACCGACCCUAAGCUCCGAGAUGAGGUCAAGGAAGACAUCCAACAAUCUGAUGAGGGUGGCGCUCCCGGACAGUGGUCGGCUCGCAAAGCUCAAAUGAUGGCCAGAGAGUACAAAAGCCGGGGUGGUGGCUACAAGACUGAUAAAAGAGACCAGGGCGAAUCUCAUAAGCAUUUGACCAAGUGGACAGAGGAGGAACGGCAGACCGAAGAGGGCCUGGAAAGAUAUGAGGAGAAAGCCAACGACGAAGGGGAAGUCGUCCAUGAGAAGAAGGAGGAACCGAAAGCGACAAAAGAAGACGGCAAGCAGGAAACGCAAAGUCUCUCGAACAAACAGGGGAACAAUGAAACCAUGCAGUCUGACCCAGACCCUCAGCAGCAGGAACACCCCAGUAAUCACACCAAGCGAGGGCAGGCAUCCCAAAAGCCCGGUCAGAACCGCGUUCGUGGUCAAGACGCGAUAGACGGAGAAGCAGCCGAUCAUCCAAAGAAGAAACAGAAGGAUCAGACCGGAACGCCCAAAAUUCAACGGAACGGCACAUCCGUCUCAGUGCUUGGUAGGGUGGACGCGCCAGCUCAGCCCGCUUCGAAGUCGAGGCCGCCAAAAGAAGGGCAGAGAGCCUAUUGGAAGACGACGUCAGCCUGGACAGAAGGAAGCGUGGUCGAGGUGCUCAGGGGGAGCAAAAAGGUGGAUGGCAAGCAGGUCAAAGCCACCAAGGCCGACCCAUGCAUUGUGCUGAAGAGCAACAGCGCGGAAAGAGAUCUGUGUGCACAAUCCAGCCAUGUGUACUUUGAAUGA